AUGCCCGUUGAGAUUGUUUUUCCUCUACCUUUGUACGCUACCAGUAUACCAUUCCCUCUCAUUCCACCUGUGGCUGCCCCUGCUCCCAUGGAUGCUGAUAUCCCCGUUCCCUUACCUAUUCCAAACAGUAACCCUGAUUCUCACGUGAUUGAGUCAUCCGUCACACCUCACCCUCCUACUCCACCCCGCCAACUGGCACCCAUUGAUGAGGUUGGACCCUCACACCGUAGUCCCUCACCACCCCUGUCCUCUACUUACUCUCGCAUACCUCCAUCUACUCCUGGCUGGCUGGAAGAUGUAGACGAGGACCUGCCCAGUUUGCCUUCUGACCCAGACGCUACCCUCUCUACUUCGCCUGACUCUGAUCCCUCAGAGGAGUAUACUCCUCUAGAUUGA